AUGGGCGUGGCAUCAGCUGUAAAAGCACGUGUUCCAUUUGCAGAGGUCAUUUUUGAGUUAUGGAUACAUUCCAAAGCUUCUAAAGAUGGCACUGAUAUUGAUAUAGCCAAAUACGAUGGUAAAGGGUUAAAAAUAUAUAUGAAGCCGACACAUGUUGGUGCAUUCGAAGAAGACGUUGGACUAGUCAUGAAGGUUGCAGCUAAGCAUUAUCCAUUUUCCGCUAAACUAGAAAGACCAUUUCUUUUUGACAGCGAUGCAGAAGCAUUUGUACUCCAAUAUGAGGCCAAUUUCCAAGACUCUCUAAGUUGUGGCGGAGCAUAUAUAAAAACUUUGUCAUUCCUCCUUCCUCAGACCCAGUUUCAUGACAAAACCCCUUACACUAUAAUGUUUGGUCCCGAUAGGUGUGGCCAGUCAUCUAAGUAUCAUUUUAUUAUAAGGUUCAAAAACCCCAAAACAGGAGAAAUUGAGGAGAAACAUUCUAAACAGCCAACGUCUGGAUUAGAAAAUAUAUUUACUGAUAGACAAACUCAUCUUUAUACCUUAGUAUUGGUGUCAGGUAAUCUCCUUAAAGACUUGACACCUGGUGUAAUCCCUCCAGAAGAGAUUGAUGAUCCUACGAUAAGAAACAAACCAAAAGAUUGGGAUGACUCUCCUAGAAUACCUGAUCCACAAGCAGUUAAACCAGAUGAUUGGGAUGAAAAUGCUCCUCAGAAAAUACCAGACCCAGAUGCCGUCAAACCAGAGGGUUGGUUAGAUGAUGGUCCUGAAACUAUCCCAGAUCCUGAUGCACAUCAACCUGAUGAUUGGGAUGAAGAGGAAGAUGGCCAGUGGGAAGCUCCUAUGAUUCCUAACCCAGCCUGUGAGGGUGGUUGUGGAGAAUGGACACCACCCAUGAUUGCUAACCCUGCCUAUAAGGGGAAAUGGCGUCCCCCUCAAAAUGAAAAUCCUAACUACAUGGGCGUUUGGAAAGCUAAACGUAUUCCUAAUCCUGGUUUCUUUGAACUUGAGGGCAGUGUAUAUUCUCAGUUGGCUCCAAUUUCAGCUAUUGGUUUUGAACUAUGGUCAAUGAAUAAAGAUGUAUUUGAUAACAUAGUCAUUGCUAGUCAACUUACCACAGCUUCUUUGUUUGCUAAGGAAAGCUGGUUAAAAAAAACGGAAAAUGAACGUGUUGCUUCUGGAUCAGAUUCUCUGGAGAAAGAGGUAGAAGAUGAGAAGCCACAAGAAAUAGAGACAACUGAAAAAGAUGAGACAGCAGACGACUGA